AGUUUGUGUUCGGGCAACGGCAUAGGCUGCUUUACCAAACCUCUGCAGAGUAUAAUAGUCUAGCUUCUUGCGAGGUAGGCUCAGUCCCUUCUUUUUCUGGCUUUGUAGUCACAGCAUCAUCAUGUCUGGACGCGGAAAACAGGGUGGCAAGGCUCGCGCCAAGGCCAAGACGCGCUCGUCGCGGGCCGGGCUGCAGUUCCCGGUGGGCCGCGUGCACCGCCUGCUCCGCAAGGGCAACUACUCGGAGCGGGUCGGUGCCGGCGCGCCGGUGUACCUGGCAGCCGUGCUGGAGUACCUGACGGCCGAGAUCCUGGAGCUGGCGGGCAACGCGGCCCGCGACAACAAGAAGACGCGCAUCAUCCCGCGCCACCUGCAGCUGGCCAUCCGCAACGACGAGGAGCUCAACAAGCUGCUGGGCCGCGUCACCAUCGCGCAGGGCGGCGUCCUGCCCAACAUCCAGGCCGUGUUGCUGCCCAAGAAGACCGAGAGCCACCACAAGGCCAAGGGCAAGUGAAUCUAUUUAAGUUCCAGUGUGCAUUAAAGCUAAAAACUUUUAUAACCCAAAGGCUCUUUUCAGAGCCGUCCACGUUUUCACAAGAAAGAGUUUGUAACUCAAAU